AUGGAGCCGUCCAAGUGCAAAACCUCUGCCAAGUUCUCCAGGUUGUGCUUCUGUGUCGAAGCCAAGCCAAGCCUGACGGAUGAUGAAGAUAUCAAGGUGCUGCUGAAAGGGUCCCUGCUCUGGAAGAUCAAGGGCCGCCAGCAGCAGAAGCAAAGGCUUCACCGCCUUCAGGAUGAUGGGAUGAACAUCUGGUUUGAGACCCGUUUCAAGAGGGCUCACUCCAAACAUGUCUUCUCCAUCUUGCAUAUCGAAAGUGUUCGAGAAGGCUAUCAGUCUGAGGGGCUCCGGAAAUAUGGCGGCUCUUUCCCUGAGCCCCAGUGCUUCACUAUCGUCUUCCAAGGCAAGCGGAAAAACCUGGAUCUCGCGGCCCAGACUGCUGAGGAGGCUCAGCGAUGGGUGAGAGGCCUCACCAAACUGAUGGCCAGAGCAGAAGCCAUGAGCCAGCGAGAAAAGCUGGAGCAUUGGAUUCAUGACAUCCUACAGCGAGCUGACAAGAACAAGGACAACAAGAUGAGCUUUAAGGAGAUCAAAAACAUGUUGCGUAUGAUAAACAUUGACAUGAAUGACAUCUAUGCUUACAGGCUCUUCAAGGAGUGUGAUAAAUCGAACAAUGACCGUUUGGAGGAACAUGAGAUCGAGGAGUUCUGCACGCGUCUGAUGGCCCGCCCUGAGCUGGAAGACAUCUUCCACCGCUACUCGGGAGAGGACUGUGUGUUGUCAGCUGAGGAACUGCGGGAAUUCCUGCGUGACCAGGGUGAGGACGCGAGCUUGCGGCGGGCUCGGGAGAUCAUCCAGAUGUACGAGCUGAAUGAGAAAGCCAGGCAGCACGACCUCAUGAUGCUGGACGGAUUCACAAUGUACCUGUUGUCCUCGGCCGGAAGCAUCCUCAACGAGGCCCACACCGGCAUCUACCAAGACAUGAGUCAGCCCCUCUGCCAUUACUUCAUCUCCAGCUCCCAUAACACCUACCUGACGGACAACCAGAUUGGAGGGGCCAGCAGCACGGAGGCUUACAUCCGUGCACUGAUGAAAGGGUGCCGGUGUGUAGAGCUCGACUGCUGGGAAGGGUCCAACGGGGAGCCUGUCAUCUACCAUGGACACACCCUCACCUCGAAGAUCCUCUUCCGGGAUGCCAUUGAGAGCAUUCGGGACUAUGCAUUCAAGCACUCCCCCUACCCCCUGAUCCUCUCGCUGGAAAACCACUGUGGCCUGGAGCAGCAAUCCGCCAUGGCCCGCCACAUGAAGACCAUCUUAGGGGAGAUGCUGCUGACUCAGCCGCUGGAUGGAGAUGCGCCCACACAGCUCCCGUCCCCAGAGCAGUUAAAGUGGAAGAUCUUGGUGAAAGGGAAGAAGCUGCCAGAGGACAAGAGUGAUUCAGAAAGAGGGAGCUUCACCUCCAGUCAUGAAGAGGAGACAGAGGAGGAUGACGAUGAGAGGUCCACAAACUCUCUCCAGGAGAUCAAACCACUACAGGCAAAGGAUGCCACGCAAAUUUCACGGGAGCUCUCAGAUGUGGUUGUGUACUGCCGGUCUGUCCCCUUCCGAAGCUUGUCUGGUGCUGGCCAUCACCAGCAGCCCAAGGAGAUGUGUUCGUUCAGUGAGCGGAAAGCCAGGAAGCUGAUCAAGGAAUCAGGAAACCUUUUUGUCCGCUUCAACACUCGACACCUCAGCCGCAUUUACCCGCUGGGGCUCAAGAUGAACUCCUCCAAUUACAAUCCACAGGAGAUGUGGAAUGCCGGCUGCCAACUAGUGGCGCUUAAUUUCCAGACACCGGGGGCAGAGAUGGACCUCAAUGAUGGGCGCUUCCUGGUGAAUGGCCGUUGUGGCUAUGUCCUGAAGCCCACCUGGCUGCGCCACAGCCAGAGCACCUUUGAUCCUGAGUCACCCCGGCGGGGCACUGGCCAGCGCCCUGUUGCCCUCACUAUCAAGGUGAUCACAGCCCAGCAGCUCCCCAAGCUGAACAAAGAAAAGAUCUCCUCCAUCGUGGACCCCUUUGUGCGCAUCGAGAUCCACGGCGUCCCCACGGACGGUUGCAAGAAGCAGACGGAGUAUCGGCUGAACAACGGGUUUAAUCCAUGCUGGAAUGAAACGCUGAUGUUCCAGGUCCGGGUUCCAGAAUUGGCGCUGGUGCGCUUUGUAGUGGAGGAUUAUGACACCACUUCUUCCAACGACUUCGUGGGACAGUUCACUCUGCCACUGCCCAGUUUAAAGGAAGGGUAUCGCCACAUCCACCUGCUCUCCAAAGACGGCACACCCCUGACUCCUGCCACGCUUUUUGUGCACGUGAAAUGCAAGAAGAUGUGAAAAUGAGCUAACAAGAUGCAAAGGAC